AUGUCGUCCCCCGACGCAGCCGGCCAAGAUGAUUCCUCCCAGUACUUGGUCUCCUUCGGCCCCGACGCCAAUUGCACCCUCGCCCUAUGCCCCGUCGAAGCCUCCCUCCAGGGCUACCGGCCCAACCUAGGGCAUCCGCUACCACACCUGGUUCUUCGCCAGCAUGCUGCGCUCGGCUGCAUCGGCGAGAUGAUCGGUUACGGCGGGCGCGUUUUGCUAUACCAGAACCCCUUCUCCUUUAACGGCUUCAUCAUCGAGAUCUGCUGCAUUACAAUCUCGCCCGUCUUCUUCGCCGCCGCCAUCUACGUCUCGCUCGCCAAGGUCUCGAAUUUUUUGGGCCCCGAAGCUUGCAGGUUUCCGGUCAAGGUAUACGUGUGGGUGUUUGUGCCAUGCGAUAUCGUUAGUUUGGUCUUGCAGGCCGUGGGCGGCGCGUUAUCAUCGAGUUCGGUGGGAAGUGACAAAUCGGGCGAGUACAUCACGAUUGCAGGUCUAGUGUUCCAGGUCUUCACUCUUUCUGUCUUCACCGCUAUGGCGUUAGACUACCUCUUCCGUUACAUAUCGUACCGUAAAUCUCAGCAAGUGGAUCAACGCCGGAUCCUCUCGAAGCGCCUCGGGAUCUUUGGCGUUUUCUUCUCGGCAUCUAUUCUCUUUAUCCUUAUCCGUUGCUGCUACCGUAUUGCCGAGCUCAGUCAAGGAUACAGUGGGUCAAUCUUCCACGAGGAGGGUCUGUUUAUUGGGCUAGAGUCGGUAAUGGUGGUCCUGGCAGUGUUCGCCUUAAAUAUUGCUCAACCAGGCUUCGCAUUCCAGAACCGCACCCAGGAGGCCUAUACAGCCUGUGGUCACAAUAUUGAACACGAACCCAGCUCCGAGCACAAGUAA